GGAAAAAUAAAUGCUGACGAAAGCCAAAUGAGAGCGUCCAGAUCAGAUCUUACAGCCGAAAGAAGAAGCUUCCUUGCUCUCACUCACUCAUACUCUUUCUUUCUUUCUCUCUUUUUCUUUUGUGUUUGUCUUUGGAGCUAAGGAAUUUGCGGGAACAAAACCCAGAGAUGUAUUGGGAGAAAGAAAAGGGGACAAGCAGAGGCGGCCACAAAUAUUCACCAUGAAACCUCAUCAUUUCACCUUCUUUUUGAUCCUAUCAUUGUCUCUACACAUCCAAGUCCCCACUGCAAAAGGGCUCAACACAAUUCAAUUCCACACUCCCAAUGAGUCCUACACAACAAGAAGGAUCCUCCACCAGCCCUUGUUCCCGGCCGCUUCUGCUCCGCCGCCAGCCACCCCGCCGCCGCCGCCGCCAGAUGACAUCCCUUCUUCUCCCGACAUUCCUUUUUUCAACGAGUAUCCCGUCGGACCGCCGCCGCCGGUCCAGAACCAGCCGCCGGCAAUCUCCACCGGCGUAAUUGCGAACCCAACGGCGACGCAGCCCACGAAACCCACCAAAAAAGUCGCAAUUGCGAUCUCUGUGGUAAUUGUGACGCUGGGUAUGCUCUCUGCCCUAUGCUUUUUCUUAUACAAGCACAAGGCAAAGCACCCAGUGGAGAGUCAGAAGCUCGUCGGUGAUGGUCGAAAUUCUCGAAUAGUUCUAGAAGAUUCUCCGAGGGCCCCACAACCAUCGAGCUUCCUCUACAUUGGGACGGUGGAACCCACCAGAACGUCGGUGAGUGAACCCAAUGCAGCAAACGGCUCCCCUUAUCGCAAGCUCAAUUCCAUCAAGCUUAAUUCCGAUCACCGUUACCGCCCCAGCCCCGAGUUGCAGCCAUUGCCACCGCUCAACAAGCCACCGGACGAGAGCCACUCGCCGCCGGCGGCAUCCUCCUCCUCCUCCUCCUCCUCCGAUGAGGAAAGCCGCGAGACGGCAUUCCACUCGCCGCAUGGCUCAUCGCUCAGCCUCGAAGAUAACUAUUACACGCCGGUUUCGCGCCAGAGUUAUCUGGCCAACGGCAGCCCCGCCGCCGCGCCGGCCGCCAUGGCUCCGGUGGUUCCUUACUCGAAGAGAACAUCGCCGAAAUCUCGAUUUUCCGCUCCGUCGCCGGAUAUCAGGCACGUAAUCGUACCAUCAAUUAAGAAUGCUCCGGCUCCGUCGCCGCCGUCACCACCACCAGGUUCAAACAAAUAUCAGCACGUUGAGAAAGAAGUGAAUUCUGGUCCUUCUAGAAGGCUGAAAUUCUCAUCGCCUCCCCCAGCUCCGAAUUUGACUCAUCUUCAUUCAAACGGGUCCACGACAUUGCUUAAACCUCCUCCUCCUCCUCCGCCGCCGCCGCCACCGCCACGAAAGGGUUGGUCUCCGUCAAUUAGUACAUCCUCGUCAUCUGUGUCGAAAAAGGAGCAAACGUCUUGGUCUGCAAGUGAAGGAGCAGCUUCUAUUUGCAGUGUGAGUGUGAGGAAAGGUUAUUCAGAGGAAGUUGAGAAGAGACGUGACGGUGAUGACGUGGAUGGAGCGAAACCCAAGUUGAAGGCUCUGCAUUGGGAUAAAGUGCGUGCUACUUCAGACCGUGCCACUGUGUGGGACCAGUUAAAAUCUAGCUCAUUUCAGUUAAAUGAGGAUAUGAUGGAGACCCUGUUUGGCUGCAAUUCAACAAGUUCUGCUCCUAAGGAGACUGUUCCUAGGAAAUCAGUUCUUCCCCCUGUUGAACAGGAGAAUAGGGUGUUAGACCCCAAGAAAUCCCAAAAUAUAGCUAUACUACUUAGGGCACUCAAUGUCACAAGAGAUGAGGUGUCCGAAGCUCUUUUAGAUGGGAAUCCUGAAGGUUUGGGAACUGAGCUAUUGGAGACUCUAGUAAAGAUGGCUCCAACAAAAGAGGAAGAAAUAAAACUUAAAAAUUAUGAUGGUGACCUCUCAAAACUUGGAUCUGCAGAAAGAUUUCUUAAAGCAGUGCUUGAUAUCCCUUUAGCUUUUAAAAGAGUUGAAGCCAUGCUAUAUAGAGCUAAUUUUGAAACAGAAGUCAACUACCUUAGGAAGUCCUUUCAGACCCUGGAGGAAGCAAGUGAGGAAUUAAGGAACAGCCGAUUAUUCCUCAAACUUCUUGAAGCUGUUUUAAGGACAGGAAACAGAAUGAACGUUGGCACCAAUCGUGGCGAUGCCAAAUCCUUCAAACUGGAUACACUUCUAAAACUUGUAGAUAUAAAGGGCACAGAUGGAAAGACCACAUUGCUCCACUUUGUGGUCCAAGAGAUCAUUAGAUCUGAAGGUACAGGUGGUGAAUCUGCAAAUGAGAAUGUUCAAAAACAAACAACUUCCCAAUUCAAUGAGGAUGAGUUCAGAAAGAAAGGAUUGCAGGUUGUGGCUGGAUUGAGUAGAGACCUUGGUAAUGUCAAAAAGGCAGCAGGAAUGGAUUCAGAUGUCUUAAGCAGCUAUGUCUCAAAGCUUGAAAUUGGUCUUGAUAAAGUUAGAUUGGUUUUGCAACAUAAAAAGCCAGAUAUGCAAGGGAAUUUCUUUAACUCAACAGGACUAUUUCUGGAUGAUGCUGAAGAAAAAAUUGUUAGGAUCAAGGCUGAUGAGAGAAAGGCCUUAUUCCUUGUGAAAGAAGUUACAGAAUACUUUCAUGGGGAUGCAGCAAAGGAAGAAGCACACCCUUUCAGAAUUUUUAUGAUUGUAAGAGACUUUCUAAAUAUUUUGGAUCAAGUUUGCAAAGAAGUAGGAAGGAUGCAGGAUAGAACAGUAAUCGGUUCAGCUAGAUCCUUCAGGAUAGCCGCAAGUGCAUCAUUACCUGUUCUCAACAGGUACCAUGCAAGACAAGAUAGAAGUUCGGAUGAGGAAAGCUUGUCUCCUUAGUGUUGUGACUUGUGAAUAUAUAUAAAAA